UUGACACAUCAGCAACCUGUAAGCAGCCAACGCAACUGCCACACACUCAGGUCCGGGUGCCAACAACUAUGACCACUUUCUGAUCUCCAAUGUAGUCCAUCAGUCACACUCGAUCGCCGACCGCCGUACUUACAGCUCCGUUUGCCGACGUGUUUUCAUCAACUGUCCCGUCUAGUGCCAAGUCCGUACGUGGCUAAACCCCCAUAUAAUUGUCCAGCUGCUGAGUGCCAUUUCGAAAAUGGCCCCAAUCAAAGGCAGAAAAUCUGCCACCAACAAGAAUUUGCCCAUACUCAGUCACGAGUUCGUCAUUCAAAACCAUGCAGACAUCAUGUCCUGUGUGGCCAUGGUCAUCGUCAUCGGUCUCAUGGUCCAGUUAACUUCACCGGUGUCUUCAUUGUUUGUAGCCUUACAAUAUGUCCAAGCUUCCAGACCUGAUUCCUUACAGACAUAUGGUACCGGUCUAAAGGAUUUGUUUACUAUAUUCUUCUAUUUUUUGAUUUGUAUCAUUUUCCAUGCCAUCAUUCAAGAAUAUGUUUUGGACAAAAUAAGCCGUAAAUUGCAUUUGUCCAAAUCAAAAAACUCAAAAUUCAAUGAAUCUGGUCAGCUGAUUGUAUUCAAUGCAGUUUCUAUGAUUUGGGCGUUAGACAUUGUUGUAAAAGGAAAUUGGUUGGCUGAUUUUUCAUCAUUAUGGAUUGGAUAUCCAUACCACACUUUAUCGUUCUCAACAAAAUUCUUUUACAUAAUUCAAUUUGCUUACUGGGCACAUAUUAUGCCAGAACUGUAUUUCCAAAAAAUUAAAAAAGAAGAUAUGUUUAGCAGAGUUAAAUAUUCUGUACUAUACUUGACAUUUAUCUCGGCUAUAUACAUAACUAAUUUCCACCGUAUUGGUGUUGUAUUACUUUUGUUGAAUUAUAUUUGUGGAUUUACUAAACAUGCCGUUAAACUGAUUGACAUCACUGAGAAAGAAGAAGAUAGCAAAAAAGUUCAAUUGGCCCAAAAUGUGUACAACUGGUUGUUUUAUACUGUACAAUCGCUGACAUUAAUCCUAUCUCAAACGAUGCUAUGGUUCGGUCUUAAAAGUGUGCAGUUCAGUGGAGAAUUGCGUGAUUUCAACACUCCCGUGUUUAAAUUAAUAUGUUCGAUCAGUGCAUUAGCUGCACAAGCUUGGCUUCUUCAUGAAUUCUUGAAUGAUCAAAAUUCCAAUGGUCUCAAUUUAUCUGCCUCAUUUGGAUUAAUCAAGCCCAAACCAAAAACAAAAACUGAUGGUUCUAACAAAAAACGCAAGAAUACAGUGUCUCGGAAGUUUAAUGAAUUGACUGAAGCUGAUCAGAACACUAAAAAAACAUUAAAACAUGAAGCAAAAAAAGCAGCAAAAAUCACUAAGAGUGUAAAAUAGUUUUUGAAGAACAUGUUGUUUGUAAACUGGUGCAAUAUUUUAUUUAUUUUACAUUGCAUUGUAUUAGAAAUAUGUAUGUGGCAUUUACAUAAAGCGAAUAAUAAUUAUAUUGUAUAAUAUUAUCUUCCUACAUAUGCUAUAGAUGAUAAGUACUAUUUAUUUUAUAUUCAAAAUUUUAUUGCAAAUUAUUAUGAUCAUU